CAAUUAUCACAGUCGAUCGUCUCAGCACAUAAUAAUGGCUGGUCUGCAGUGCAAAAAUGUCGAAAAGUUGAUAAACUAACGAGUGAUAAUGUGAACAAAGAUCAGAUUUUUCGACACAGACAGACGUUUAGAGAGACAACGAAUAAAAAUGGUGCAAACAUAAGUGUUUCGUGAAACUGUUUCAGAGAAAGCGAGACGACAGAACGAGCGAAAAGCACAAAGACGAAUCGGAAUUUGUUUAUUUUUUGAACAACUUCAAUUCUGGUGAAUUGACAAAAAGCAAAAAAAAAAAAAUCUUAAGAAGAAGCAGAAAAAAAAUCAGAAGUAACUUCUGUUCACAAAAAAAUAUUUUUUGGCUGUUAAACAGCUUAAAAUCGUAAAAAAAGGGAAAAAAUCGAAGCAAAAAAGAUGCCAACUGUUCGUCCAGGCAGUUUAAAGGAUCCCGAAAUAGCUGAGCUAUUCAACAAACAUGAUCCGGAGAAGAUUUUCGAGGAUUUGCGUGAAAUCGGGCACGGGUCAUUCGGUGCCGUGUACUAUGCGCGAUGCAAUCUCACCCGGGAAAUUGUGGCAAUCAAGAAGAUGUCGUACGUGGGCAAGCAAAGUUUGGAAAAAUGGCAAGAUAUUUUGAAGGAAAUCCGUUUCCUGCGUCAAUUGCAGCAUCCGAACACGAUCGAGUACAAGGGUUGUUACUUGCACGAGAACACGGCGUGGCUCGUAAUGGAAUAUUGCGUCGGUUCGGCAUCAGAUAUCAUCGAAGUGCACAAGAGACCAUUACGGGAGGAUGAAAUUGCGGCAAUUUGCGAUGGUUGUUUGCGCGGUUUGGCUUAUUUGCACAGCUUGGGACGCAUUCAUCGCGACAUCAAAGCGGGAAAUAUCCUUUUAACGGAGCAAGGAGUUGUGAAAUUGGCGGAUUUUGGCAGUGCGGCGAUCAAAUGCCCGGCAAAUAGUUUCGUGGGAACACCUUAUUGGAUGGCGCCCGAAGUUAUCUUGGCCAUGGAUGAAGGGCAAUACGACGGAAAAGUCGAUGUUUGGUCCUUGGGCAUCACGUGCAUCGAAUUAGCUGAGAGAAAACCGCCGUAUUUCAACAUGAACGCCAUGUCGGCACUUUAUCACAUCGCCCAAAACGACGCUCCGAUGCUACAAGCGCAGGAAUGGUCCGACGAAUUUCGGGAUUUUGUCGAAUUGUGUCUCAAAAAGUCACCCAUCGAUCGACCAACAUCCGCCAAACUCAUUUCGAAUUAUUUCGUGUCGCGUCCCCGUUCGCCAAAUUGCUUGAUGGACCUCAUUGCGCGCACAAAAGCCGCCGUUCGCGAACUCGACAACUUAAAUUACCGCAAAAUGAAGAAAAUUCUCAUGAUUGACUCGUGCGAAACGGAAUCCACGGUUGGCGAGGACGAAGUGCAAGACGAUCAAAUUGGCGGCGACAGUAGCAAAAGUAACAGCAUCACGUCAGAGCACUCGAUGCAAAGUGUGGGCGUUGCAACGUCAAGUCACGUCAGUAGUUCGUCAAAUAAUUCCCUACCUCAACACAAUAUCGAUCCGCAUACGGGAGCGCCGAUGCAUGGUGCUUCACGGAAUUCGUCGAGACAUCGGGCGCCGCCUCCAUUGCCGCCGCACAUUAACAAUUAUCCGCAUUUGUCGUCUUCCAGCGGAGCGCAAUCCACGAGUCAACAAAUGAUGCAACAUCAACUGAGGCAGGAGGCGAGUCAACAACAUGCGCUUUAUGCGAAUCAGAUGGCGUUGCAAGGAAUGCAGCAGCAACAGCAGCAACUUACGCAGCAACAAACGAAUCACAUGUCGCAAGCGGCGAUGGCGCACGGAAUUGCCGAGCAUGGACCGAAUAAUUUUGCGACAAUUCGUACCACGAGUAUCGUCACGAAGCAGCAAAAGGAACACAUGCAGGAAAUGCACGAACAAAUGUCCGGUUACAAGCGAAUGCGUCGCGAGCACCAAGCAGCAUUAGUGAAACUCGAAGAAAAGUGCAAGUUGGAGAUGGAAAAUCACAAGUCAGCGUUAGAUAAGGAGUACGACCUCUUAUUGCACAACUUCACGAGGGAAUUGGAAAAAUUAUCGGUAAAACACGCGCAAGAAAUCGAUCGUCGCGUCAAGCAAAAUAACGUUGCCGAAAAGAAAUUGUUCAAAGAAAUCUCGAAUCGGCAAGAAGGCGAUCGAAAAGCGUUCGAUAUGCAUCGCAAGAAGGAAUACAAAGCCAACAAGGAACGAUGGAAGCGCGAAUUAUCGAUGGAUGAGUCGACGCCGAAGCGACAACGCGAUGCUACGUUACAAUCACAGAAAGAAAACCUCAAAUUAGCGGAAGCCCAAGAGGAACAACGACUUCUCCGGUGCCAGAAGCAGUACAUUGAGCUGGAAAUGCGGAAAUUCCGUCGAAAAAAGAUGAUGUCGUUGCACGAUUUGGAGACGCAGUUACUAAGAGACGAGUUGAGUAAGAAACAACAGCAACUCGAACAGGCACACGCAAUGUUGUUGAAACAUCACGCAAAGACGCAAGAUCUGGAAUACGGGCAACAGAAAAGCGUUCAUGCACUGCGGGAGGAGCAAAUUUCAAAGCAACACAACAGUGAAUUGAGUAAUCAAAACGAGUACAUGGAGCGUGCGGAAAAGGAACUUUUGCGAAAACAUGCGCUAGAAUUGAAGCAACAACCAAAAAGCUUAAAGCAAAAAGAACUUCUAAUCAGAAAGCAGUUUCGUGAGACAUGCAAGACACAAACGCGCCAGUAUAAAGCGUUGAAAGCUCAAAUUCUACAGACAACACCGAAAGAAGAACAAAAAGCUGUGAUAAAAAAAUUGAAGGAGGAGCAGCACAGAAAGUUGACAUUGCUGGGCGAUCAAUACGAACAAAGCAUCGCUGACAUGUUGCAGAAGCAAAGCUUACGACUCGACGAGAGUCAGGAAAUGGAGUGCAAUCAGCUCAAGGAUCGCUUAAACUAUGAAUUAGAAAUUUUGGAAGCGUAUCAAAACAAGAAUCGCAUGCAGGCGCAAGCGCAACGUGAUAGAGAACGCAAAGAACUCGAGGACCGAGUUAGUGUUCGUCGGGCAUUGUUAGAGAGCAAGAUGGAACAGGAAUUGACCCAAUUCAAUGCCGAACGUACUGAACGUAUUAGACUGUUGAGAGAGAAGCAUGACAAACUCUUAGAAGCAUUUGAUCAGGAAUCAACCCGAAUGGGAUUCAGCGCCCUUGCAUUGGCGGAAGCAUCCAAAGAAACGUAUCCCGACGAAGACGGCAGUUUAUCCGGGUCCAUGCUUAGCUUGGCACACAGCAACAGCUCAACGAGUUUUCCGGCGGGAUCGCUAUAGCGUUUCAACAGCAGCCAUCAUCAUCAGCAGCAUCACCCGAAUAACGCGACAAAAGUUUAUGCCACCCUCAUGUCGAAUCGCGUCAAGAAGCAUCCAUCACAUCAGUUGCAACAUCAGCAUUCCGUUGCACACGCUGGCAGUAGCAGCGGCAAUAGUAGUCAUAGUAAUAAUGUGCGCGGCGACAUCGUUGGCGGCAAUUCGCGAAAUCGCUUCGAUCAUGAUGGCAAAAAAUACUACAAUGACGAUAAUUUGUUCACUGUCACGAAUAAUUGUGGUAGUUUAAUGCAUAGGAAAAAGUAAGUUUUUUUUCGUUUCUCGCUCGAAUUUUUUUUCUGUUUUGAGAAAAACCACAAAAAAUCCAAUCGGUUUCGUUUGUGACUCCCGUGAUGCGUCCUCGUUCAUUUUUUUUUUUUUUUUUUUUUUAACUUCACACGUUUUAAAUUAAAAAAAAAAUACUUAAUGCACGUGAGGUCAUCGCAAAAAAAAAUCCAAAACCUAAAAAAAAAUAAAACAAUAAAAAAAAAUUAAAAAAGUGAAUGAUGUGAAUAAGCUUAGUAGACUGUAAAAAAAAAUAAUUAAAAAAUACG